AUGGCAACAAAAAAAAGAACAACACACAACAUUAAACUUCCCUUUUCUUCUUCUUUCACAUUAGACUUUUCAACCUUACUUUGCUUCUUCUCCUUCUUGAACAACAAUAACAAAUUACUUUUGCACCUUACUCAAACCCACACAGAUCUUUGGAUUCAAACAACAACGACAACAAGACUUAAGAAAAGGAGAGAAAAGAGAAACCUGGUUGUCGGAAGAGGACGGCUCGAAAUCGAUUCUGGCUGGGCGUUCGCAAAAGGGGCAACGCGAAUCGGAAGGAGUUGGUUGCUGCGCGGUGGGCUUUUGGGCGGUCGACGGAGAAGUCGGAUUGGUGCAGUCGACUCUGCACGGUGGUGCGGAUACGGACUGCCGAAGGUUCUUCCGGUAUUGCAAAAUUUAUAUUCAUGGUGGGUUUCAGUAUGGUGA